AUGAAUUUAUUAGUAUUCAGUAUACUAAUAACUUGUUUACUGAACAGCGUUUAUAGUGGAUACAAUGGAUAUACUAAUGGAAUUAGUGCAGUUACCAGUCGUCCUGGUGGAGGUGAAAGUCAUGAAAAUUCUGUAGAUGUUUAUAAUAAAUAUUACGAUAGUAAGAAAUAUAGUUAUGGUACUGAAUACACAAGCGAUGAUUCCAACAAGUACACUUACGGCAAAAACUAUGACAAAUAUAGUUAUGACAAGUAUAGCUAUGAUAAAUAUGGUCAUGAGAAGGGGAACGAGAAGUAUGCUUACGGCAAAAACUAUGAAAAAGGCUACGAUAAAUAUGCUUAUGACAAGUACGGUUAUGGCAAAUAUGGUUACGACAAAUAUGGUUAUGACAAAUACGGAUAUGACAAAUAUGGUUAUGAUAAGUAUGGAUAUGACAAAUAUGGAUAUGGUAAGUAUAGCUAUGAUAAAUACGGGUAUGACAAGUAUGGUUACGAGAAGUAUGGAUAUGAUAAAUAUGGUUACGAAAAGGGUUAUGACAAGUAUGGUUCAGACAAAUAUGGCUACGAAAAGGGUUAUGACAAGUAUGGUUCAGACAAAUAUGGCUACGAAAAGGGUUAUGACAAGUAUGGUUCAGACAAAUAUGGCUACGAAAAGGGUAAUGACAAGUAUGGUUCAGACAAAUAUGGCUACGAAAAGGGUUAUGACAAGUAUGGUUCAGACAAAUAUGGCUACGAAAAGGGUUAUGACAAGUAUGGUUCAGACAAAUAUGGCUACGAAAAGGGUUAUGACAAGUAUGGUUCAGACAAAUAUGGCUACGAAAAGGGUUAUGACAAGUAUGGUUCAGACAAGUACGGAUAUGAUAAAUAUGGUUACGGGAAGUAUGGAUAUGACAAAUAUGGCUACGAGAAGUACGGCUAUGAUAAAUAUGGUUACGACAAAUACGGAUACGACAAAUAUGGUUACGACAAGUAUGGCUACGACAAAUAUGGUUAUGAAAAGGGUUACGACAAGUAUGGAUACGACAAAUAUGGUUACGAGAAGUAUGGCUAUGAUAAAUAUGGUAACGAAAAAUACGGAUACGACAAGUACGGGGAUGACAAGCAUGGUCAUGGAAAAGAAUAUGAGAAUUAUGGUUACACCAAAGAAUAUAGCAAGAAUUAUAAGGAUUACUAUAAGAAAUAUGACAAAUACGAUUAUGGUAGUAGAUAUGAAAAAUACAGUUAUAGUAAAGACCACGAUAAGCAUGAUCAUGAUGAACAUGACCAUCAUGACGACCACCACCACCACCAUCAUCAUCAUGAGCAUGACCAUCAUCAUCAUCAUGAACAUGAUCACAAAAAUGGCAAAGGGUACUAA